AAGAAAAUGGUGUAAGCCGGUUGACCGACGAUGUUCCACACAUGGUUUCAAGGAUACUUUGCGUAAUUAUUUGUUUCUGAGCCAUACAGUAUUUUGUCUCAGCACGUGGGAGAUCUCGACUUUCCAUUCCAGGUUUGGGAUGACAUAUGAAGAUGGACCGACCAUCGUUUUAGGGAAUGUCCCUGUUUAAAGCGACAAAACUAUUCGAGGCACGUCCAACUGAAAAACAGUUCCACCAUGUUUCCUCGUGGUGUGUGUACAAGGUUUAGCACAUCACAACUUCACCUGGUGUUGAAGCAGUGUAAAUCACUGACAGGUCAGUUUCACACGGGAUCUGCAGAAUCAUCUGCAGCUGAGAAACAGCAUGAGAGGCAGCAAGGAAAUCAGCUUGAAAAUCAGCAGGAUAAUCAGCAAGAGACGAAAUCUGAUUCAGAUUUAGCUACCAAGGAGAAUUCUGAACAAGUUCAGGUUCUCACCGAGGAACAAAUGUCUUCCAUACAACCUCAAAAUGAAGCAGCCUCAAAACAUCCAGAUCUUUGGAAAAAUCCAAUAGAUAUGAGAAUUCUUCCUAAAAAAUAUAAAUUCACAGACGAGGAAAAGAAAAUGUUUCAGCUGUCAACCUACAUAUUUCACGAAAUCGGAGAAUCGGGCAAAAACAAAAGAAAUUUUCUGAAAGCGUUAGCGAUAUACAAGAAACGGGAGAAGGUGUACAAUAGGGGCCUGGUGGAGUUUCUAUCGACUGGUUUGGAUAACAUGAAAGAAUGGGGUGUACAUAAAGACAAAGAAGUGUACAAGGCUAUGAUAGGCACUAUGCCCCAAGAGAAGUUUCUUCCAAAGUCAAAAUGGAUGGCCGAGCUGGGACACUAUCCCAAGCAACAACAGUGUGCUAUAGACAUUCUGGAAAAAAUGCAAAAUAAUGGUGUAAUACCUGACGAGAAGAUGGAGGAAAUGAUCGAAGAAAGGUUCGGCAUCAGCAGCUACGUGAUGAGGAAGUACACGCGAAUGUUGUACUGGAUGCCAAAGUUCCGCCACGCUAAUCCUUAUCCUGUGCCCUGGCAACUAACUGAUGACCCCAUACAGCUGGCCAUUAUAGCACUGAAGCGUAUGGCCAUCGACCUUAACAACAAAAUCACAGUCUGGAAGACUGCGGAAGUUGAGGAAAUUCCUCUGGAGGACACAUUCAUAGUUAGUGCCCAGAGUCCUGAUCAGGCAGAGCUGAUCAGCGCCCAUUCCGUGGAUGUCCCCCUGGUGGUGGAAGGUAGUUACAGUGUCUGGCUUCGUCACAAACAGCAACACUACUUUGUGCUAAAGUCCGACCAGGGUAGACCUCAUGCCCCUGCGGGAGAUGUGGAAGACGAUUCUGAGGUGGACUGGACAGGACUGAACCCUUACUUAACGGAGAACGAGGACGACCAGGCCGUACUGGUCCCUCCGAGUAUCCACUGUCAGGACGAUGGCACCGUGAUGGCCACUUGCAUCACAGGGACCUCUUCUCGCGAUUCUGUGGUCACCUGGAUACGCUACCUCCAACAGAGCAAUCCCAAACUAGAACACAUCCCUAUUCUGUUCUCUAUCAAAACACACACCGGGCAGCUAGAUGUUCGACCACCAACCUAGUGUUAAUGUGUCAAAUGUCAACUGGACAACUUCGAGGUGGUGAAAAGCUUUGACAGGAAGUUCGCCAAUGUUGUUGUCCAACAAAACCUGUGUAAUCCGGUUCUCCGUCUGCUCGGAAAUAUUCCAAGGUCAGCUCGGGAUCACAGAGUAGAAAAAGCGGGGUAGACUGCGACAGGAAGUUUGUAAAUGUUAUUGUCAAACAAAAACCAGCCAUUCUAGUCUCUCCCAGGAUUUUUAUGCAAAAGGUCAACUGGAGGUCACAGAAAAUGAGAGAUAACCAAUUGCAAGGGCAAGGAUUCAGAUAGUGUUGAUGUCAACAUUAAUACAUUUUGUAUGUGUCAUUUUGAUCAUCAUCUACAUGAAAUGGUCAGUUGGAGAUCACUCUUUAGGAAGACUAGUCUGUUAUUGAGAAUGUGUUACAAAUCUUUUCUAUCCUAGGCCUCUUGCAUUUAUCGUGUUCCGAACCGUUGGACCAGAGUUGUUCGUUUAUGUAAUAGAGAUGGGCCUGGUUAUUUGAUGUUGCUUUCUGUUGAGCCUUGGUCAAGACUGUCGAUCGAGGCCUGCAUUAUUAACAAUUGCAGAACCACCCAGAUUUAUCACUGAAAUAUCACAUUUAAAAAAAGUUGAACCGAUUCCUCCACAUAAAAGAACAUGCCCCUAUUUGCCAUCCAUUGAAUGUUAAUUGGCUGCAGGUCUUGGAGGAGAUAUAGGGUCAUAACCAUAACAAGACAUUGCUGUGUUUUUUAACACAAAGUUAAUAUUUGUCGUUAAUUUAAGGAAGAAGGCAAAGUUUAGUAUUGAUCUGAUGAAAAUAACCAGUGUUUUGGAAAUGAAUAUUUGUAGGUCAUUUAGGAAGGAAGUUUGUAUAAAUUUGCUAAACAUCUCCGAUAUUUUGCGAUCAAAAGGAUUGCAUAAACUGUAAACAUAAGUAUUUAAGCAGCAUUUAUUUUUUGGGUAUAAUACAUGAUGCAGUAAUAUCAGCUUUAAUGUACACCUGGAUCCUAAAAGUGUACACUUUUGUUUACUUAUAAUAAACAUUUUGAUAAAGAAGCAAUUGAUUUCAAAAGGUGAGUCCUGUGAAUGAUUUCUGCCAGAUACUGUGUUUAUUCGGCAAUAUCUCGUUUCUGAUACGCAUGACAUAGGGGAGAAGGCGUUUGUACUUCCGGUAUACACUGACAAUCUGAAAGUUGCACAAAACAGUAUGGAAUAAAACUGGUAUGUGGUUCCAAACUGCAUGUCUAACAACGGGGUACUAGUUGGAAGAUAUUCCUUUCUUGAAGAAUAUGAAACUUUUGUUCAAAUUUAAUUCAGAUUCAAUUCAGAUUUUACUUCAUCGAAUUUGGUUUUUUGCUUAUUUACUUUUACAACGUAUACCAGUAUACCUGCCCCCUAUUAAUCUACCAUGUGUCCGCCAAAUCAUUUGACUAUUCUUGAGGAAACUUGAGUCUUGGAAACCUUGCCUGUUACUGGUAAUAAGAAAUGGCUUUAAUGAAAAAAAAGGAUUUUUAAAGUUUAAACCCCAUAAUAAUUUAAGAGAACAAGGAAUUGUAAUUUUUUGGGAAUUUUACAGACAUACGCGUAGUUUUCAAAAUCCAUUCUUAAUAAUAUACUUAACUGAUUAUUUCUCGAGUGUGAAAUAAGAGCUGAAAGAGGUGACCCUCAAAAUACUACUGCCUUCAGAAUUGUGAUAGAUUCUGAGUAAAUGUUUUGGUAUGUGUUUGGUUUAAUGAUAUUAAAUGUUUUUGAAAGAGCAAUGCUUUUGUCUUCCGUAUAUUUCAGAAUACCUGAAUUGUAGUGAUGGGCUGCUGAUCAGUAAUAAUCGAAAACUGAUUGAUUUGCCAUUUCUUCUCUUCCGAUUAUUGAUAACAAAUUCCAAAAUCAAUAUAAACGGUUCAUUACUUAACUUAAGUGUCAAAUGAUUGCAAUAUACAGUAUGCAUUGAAUUUUCUUUAACAGCACACCAGAAAUUUUUCGCCUUUUUGCCCGCCAUAAUGAGGGGAAUUUUUCAUUACAGCGAACCUUAGGGAACACAUACCUGGAUAAUGUACAUAAUUAUUUGUGAAUGGCCAAAUUGACAAUGGGCGAAUAUGGAUUUUUCCGGUGUAGGGCAAUAUAGAUGAAUAACUAAAAGCUGCUUGUAAUCAGAUCAUUAUAAAAAAUAUGAAACCUAAUGUAUAGUUAAAAACUAUGUAUAUGGAUGUUAAAAUAGUAGUCUCGCUUUAUUUGGGUAAUAAGUUCCUGAAAAUUAUAAACGGAAUAUGCAAUGAUUAUCAAUCAAUUCACUACUUCCAAUAACAAAACGAUUAUCGAUCAUGAUUUUUGAUCAAUUGCCCAUCACUACAGUGCAUUGGUGAAAUCUUGAAAGGGAUCAUCUUUUAAAAUGUUAUUUGUGUUAACUUAAUUAUGAUUGAGAAAUAUAUUCAAAUGAUGUUAAAAGAAUCUGGAGCUUUAUAUAUAACAUUCUCAUGAAAAAGUGAAUUUACUACAAAAAAUGAAAAAAAAUGAAUGUGUACUUUUGCUUUGUCACAAAACUGAAUAAAUUCUUGGAUUUCUUAUUUUAAGAUAUACCACCUGCAAUGAAGCGCAUAUAUAUAGAAUCCGGUUGUCUGUUUUUCUGUAGACACAAGAUUGGUGGCACUUCUCCUAAAGUAAAUAAAUGAGUAUUUCAUAUGAAACUUUAUAUUCUGCAAGGCAGUAUGUGUUUCUAUAUCAAAUUAAUGAAUUUGCAAAAAUUUGAUGGAGUCAAAAUGAAACAAAGUACAGGACAUUUAAGCAUUAUCUCCGAAAGCUAUAUUUUCAUUGUGAAAGGCACAGUUUGUUACAGCUAUAUUUGGACCUAAACUAAGGUGUUCAGAGUAAUUUUACAUGUUUUAGGGGUUCAGAUCGACUUUCGGUGAAAAUGAUUGGGUGUCAUUUUUACCGAAAGUCGGUACGUGAUAAUGAACAGCUGUAUUUAUUCAGAUUGUCUUGUUUUACAACCCAAUUUCGGCAAUUUUUUUUAUUGUACUCAUUUUGUUGUCCUCAUAUCUACAUACUGACAAGUAAUGAUAAUAUUUUUUUUACAUUUAUCUCCCUUUGCAUUGUCGCUUUACAAAAAAGUACAGAAUCAAAAAACAAAAAAU